CCCACCCCACCCCCACCAUCUCCCGCGACACGCGAAAACACCACCAGCCGCGGCGCGGCGGGGAAUUUGCCGGAUGGAGUCGGAGGGCCAGGACAUGCCGCCGGGCGAGGGGGAGGCGCAGGGGCACGCCGGCGGUGUGGCUGAGCCGGGGGCGAUGGCGAUGGUGCCGGUGCCGGUGCGCGGGGGGUACAUGGUGGUGCCCAAGCCGGAGCCGGUGGAGCUCUUCGGGGGCGCCGGGGCCGGGGGCGGGAUGGUGGUGCGCAAGCCGCCGCCCAGGAACCGGGACCGGCACACCAAGGUCGAGGGCCGCGGCCGCCGGAUCCGCAUGCCGGCCGCCUGCGCCGCCAGGAUCUUCCAGCUCACCCGCGAGCUAGGGCACAAGUCGGACGGCGAGACCGUGCGCUGGCUGCUGCAGCAGUCCGAGCCGGCCAUCGUCGCCGCCACGGGCACCGGCACCGUGCCCGCCAUCGCCACCACCGUCGACGGCGUGCUCCGGAUCCCCACCCAGUCCUCCUCCUCCGCCUCCUCCGCCGUCGUCGACGACGAGGCCUCCGCCAAGCGCCGCCGCAAGCUGCAGCCCACGCGCGCCGCGGGGCCGCUCGCCACCGUGCCGCCCGCCGCCGCCUACUACUCCGUCCUCGCCGACCCCCUCCUGCAGGGCGGCGCCGGGGGCGCGGCCAUUUCCGUCGCCAGCGGCCUCGCUCCCAUCGGCGGCCAGCAGGGCCUCGUCCCCGUCUUCGCCGUCCCGUCCGCCGCCGGGGCCGCCGGAGGCAACCACAUGAUCCCCCAGGCCACCGCCGUGUGGAUGGUCCCGCAGCCGGCCGGCGCCCCCAACCAGCCCACCCAGUACUGGGCUUUCCAGUCCGCGCCACAGCUCAUCAACCUCGCCGGCGCGCAGACCAUGCCGCCUGGAGCUGUGUUCCCCAACGUUGCCGCCGACUACCAUCAACAGCAGCAGUCUGCCUCUACCGUGGUCCAGAACACCAACUCGGACCACCAGCAGUUCAGCCACCAUCUCACCGGCGAGUCGCACGAGCAGCAGCGCCGUGACCACCACCCGGAGGAGGACGACGCCGAUGACGACGACGAGCCCGUCUCCGACUCCAGCCCAGAAGACUAACGAAGCAGAGCAAAGCCACGAAAGCACUCCACUGCACGCACCUCAGCCAAAAGUCAAUCCAAAGAAGAAACCUUAGGUUCUAUUCUAGUGAAAUAUUUAUUCUCCGAUUAUGUAUUAGUCAGUAAUGAUACCACUGUUGCCCCUAAUGAGUGUUUUUUUUGGUACCAUGACUAUUGUUGGUUGUCCCUAAUUAUUCUUGACCUUGAAUCAAUAAGAACACGAAACAUGGGGAAAAACUUGAGCUUU